AUGCUUCUGAGCGCCAUAGCCUAUGACGGAGACCAAGGGAUAUUUCCACUUGCGUAUUGUAUAUGUGAUCAAGAAAAUGUUGAUAAUUGGAGAUGGUUCCUACAAGGCCUGUGGUCCAUACUGUAUGAAAGGUUGGACCCGUACAAUCCCCCCCACCAAUUGGUAAUUAUUUCUGAUGCCGACAAGGGGAUUCGAGAAGCCGUGAGAGAAUAUUUCCCUGAAGCAAUUCACUCACGCUGCGUUCUGCAUCUAGUUGAAAAUUUUAGAUCAAAGCUCAAGGAUUUGGGAAUGAAGGCAAAGGACACACAGGUUUUGGGGAAUUUGCUCCAAACUGCUUGCUAUAAAUACACUAUAGCGGAAUGGAAUGACUACAUGAAGGAAAUUUAUGAGAUGGCUCCAGUCGCAUAUGAGAUUGCAAUUAAGUACUCGCCAGAGCAUUGGGCAAAUGCCUUCUUCCCUGGCAUUAGAUAUGGCCAUGUAACCUCUAAUGUCGCAGAAUCCUUUAACAGCUGGAUACGUGAAGCCCGUUUGUUAUGUAUCCUGCAAAUGGUGGAGCAUAUCCGAAAACAACUUAUGACUCGCAUGAACAACAGACGGAUAAUGGCGUGUAAGUGGACAAGCUAUCUUUAUCCUAAAACUGAGCAGAUUGUUAGAGAAAAUAUGGAAAAAGGGCGCACUUUAGAGAUUAGGCAAUCUAGAGAGGAUACUUGUGUCCAUGCUUGUGCAGCCAUUAUUUAUAUGAAAAGAGAUGUAUAUCAAUAUUGUGAUUGGUUCAUGUCCGUAGAAGCGUUUAAGAAGAGCUACGACGAAAUAUUAUAUCCCAUACCAGACUAUGAGAAGCGGAGUGUGCCCAAGGAUGAAAUCCAGAUUUUGCCACCACUUACCACUAAGAGGAGGGGAAGAAAUAGAACAAGACGCAUAAACAACAGAACCAUAUACAAACGGCCCGUCAAAUGUUCUCGGUGCAAAGUUGAAGGUCACAAUAGAGCAACCUGCAAUGAGCCCAUCCGUGACUAG